CAAGCAAAGGGAAAGAAGCUGCAAGUACACACACACACACACACACCAACAACACACACCACGAGCGAGAGUGAGCUGCUGCAGUGGGUGGGUGCACACAACAGGCAAGAGUGGCGGCGAUCGAAGGCUUUGGGCGGUUGUGAUUUCGUGAAAGGAAGAAAGAAGGACAAGGGUAGAAGGAAGGAGAGGAAGAAGACAGGAGGAGAAGAGGAACGCUUGCAAUCGUGCACUUACACAAACGGACGACAACGAGCAUACCCAUUUGACACAUACAGAACCAUUUGUCAUGAGCACGGGUGCGAGUGUGGUUGCCGUUGCUGCGAGGGCAGUGGCGCGCAGAAGCGCGGUUGCAGCUCGCAGGCACGCUGACACACGCAGGCGACUGGCUACGCAAGCAUAUGAGCCGGAGAUCUUCACCUCCGUCCUGCCCAAUGGCAUCAAGGUCAUUUCCCAGCCGCAAGGCAGGGGCUGGGCGUCUCUGGCGGCACUGACAGAGCUAGGACCCAGGUUCGAGAAGGACGACUACAAGGGAUGCAGCUACUUUGUGGAACACCUUGCAUUCAAGUCAAAUGAGUCGCAGACACACUCCGAGGUGCUUGAGGCCAUUCACGCGUUUGGCGGCGACGUCCUCUCUCAAAUGAACAAGGAUUCCCUCUUGCACUCCAUCAACUUUAUCCCGGAUCAGCUGCCAGCUGUCGUCGACGUCCUUGCAAACGCCAUGCGCACCCCGCGCUUCUCCGACGACGAGGUUGCCGAGCAGUUCCACAUGCUCGACUAUGCGCUGGAGAUGCUGCAGAACAACCCGCGCCCGCUCCUCAACGACCUCCUCUUCCAGGCUGCGUUUGCGUCGAGGACCAUCGGGAACCGCUCCGUGUGCACCAAGGACGAGGUGGUCGGCGUCACGCCAGAGCGUGUGCGUGCAUUCUACAACGCGUGCAUGCAGCCGGACCGGCUGACGUUUGGCGCAACAGGCAUCGAUCACGACGUGCUGUGCCGGCACAUUGAGGCGGCCUUUGGUGACAUGCAAGCAACAGACACGUCCAUCCUCGACUUUUCCACAGCGGAGUUUGUUGGUGGCUCUGCACAUAUGCACGUGACGGAGGCACCCAUUCAUCCGGCCACGCAGUCCCCGCUCGCAUACGUCGGUAUUGGUUUCAAGAGCCCGGCGGACGUUGAUGCGUCGUUCAAGUUCUUUGCACUGCAGGGUCUUCUCGGCGGCGGCUCCGCUUUCUCCGCUGGAGGCCCCGGCAAAGGUCUGCACUCGUGGCUGUACCGCAACUGCCUGAACAACUACCACUGGAUGGAGAGCGCAGAGGCCCAGAACAUCACGUACUCCGAUGCCGGUGUCUUUGCCAUCGAGGGCGCAGCCCUGCCAGAGCAGGCAUCCAAGACCAUCUCGCUCCUGUGCCAGUCGCUGUUCCACGCUGUCCUUGGCAUGAGCGACAGCGACCUUGCUCGCGCCCGCAACCAACUCAAGAGCCGCGUGCUGCUGCAGCUGGAGUCAUCAGCGGUGUUUGCAGAGAACAUGGCCCGCCAGCUCGCAUCCCCCACCGGACGCUACAUGCCCGUGUCGGAGCUCUGCGCAAAGAUUGAUGCGGUCACACGGGAGGACAUUCAGUCCGCAGCGCUGGAGCUUCUCGGCGGUCCUGUGGCGAUUGCGUCAUACAGCAACGUGGAGGGCCUUCCCGAUGCGGAAAUGGUGGCCAAUGCAAUUGCCGAGUUUGUUGCGCGCGUGAAGAGUGCACGGUGAUAAUGAUGCAGCGAAGCGAAGCGUGGGUUGCUCUCAGCGUUUCGCUUGAUUGAUGCCAUGGUUAGGCAUUCGUUCACGUGAACACGCAUGGGUGCGUGUGUGUGUGUAAGAUGUGCACGCAUGUAGUGGUGUGUGUGUGGUAUGUAGUGCGUGUGCACGCGUGUGGUGGUGUUGUUUGGUAGCAGUUCCGUGUUGGCUGGAGCUUGUAUUGAAAUGGCGGUGAAUGGAUGUGUGACAUGGUUGUGUUUGCUGCCGUCGCUGUGGUUGUGUGAACGUGGUCAAUGAUCGGUUGCUUCAAUUAGACUCGGUUGCAACACCAA